GCGCAUCUUCGCUCGCAGCUUACCUUAGUAUCUAACGCUUAAAACAUGGCUCUUUUCCUAAAUCGUAAUACUAACUAAAAUACACAUAAAAUCAGUGAUCAAAGAUGAUUUUUGUGUAAUAAAUCAAGUUUUUUUUUUUCGAAAUGGAUACGUUGAACGAGAGGCAAUUGUUGCGAAGGCAGUUCUCCCAUGAGUCCGGUAAGACGGCGCUAACUAGAGCUAAGGAAGAAUAUAACAGAGGGAGGACAAGGUCUCUGAACGCGCCGUCUCCCAUCCACCAGUUCGGACCAUGCGGCAGAAUAAUGAAGAACUCGGCUAUGGUUAUGCAAAUCCAAGACCCAGCGUCGCAGCGGCUGACAUGGUACAAACAGCCGCUGACGGUGCUGGUGAUCAAAAAGGUGCACGACGCUACCAUCCUCACGCCGUUCGUACAGCUCGUUCAUUGGCUCGUUCAUGACAAAAGCAUGGUAGUGUACGUAGAAGCAGCCGUCCUGGACGACGUGCUACUGGCAGAAUACGGGGACUUCACAUCGGUGCGGGAGAAGCUGAUGACCUUCCGAGCGGGGCAAGAUGAUCUCACGGAUAAAAUUGACUUCAUCAUCUGUUUGGGGGGCGAUGGGACACUAUUACAUGCCAGUUCGCUGUUUCAGCAAUCGGUGCCACCCGUGAUGGCGUUCCACUUGGGCUCGCUCGGUUUCCUCACGCCCUUCGAGUUCAACAACUUCCAGGACCAAGUGAUGAACGUUCUAGAAGGUCACGCGGCGUUAACGCUCCGAUCGCGACUACAAUGCGUGGUGCUCCGCAAGAGCAAGAAGGACAACGAGGGCCGCAAGUGCAUCCUCGUGCUCAACGAGGUGGUGGUGGACCGCGGCCCCUCGCCCUACCUCUCCAACAUCGACCUGUUCCUCGACAACAAGCACAUCACGUCCGUGCAGGGCGACGGUUUAAUAGUAUCAACACCGACCGGCAGCACAGCGUACGCGGUAGCUGCCGGCGCUAGCAUGAUCCACCCGUCCGUGCCCGCCAUCAUGGUGACGCCCAUCUGUCCGCACUCGCUGUCGUUCAGGCCUAUAGUCGUGCCCGCGGGGGUCGAGCUCAAGAUCGCGCUAUCCCCUGACGCGCGCAACGCGAUGUGGGUGUCGUUCGACGGCCGCAACCGGCAAGCGCUGCAGCACGGCGAUAGCCUCUACGUAACCACCUCCGUGUACCCGGUGCCCUCCAUAUGCGCGCAAGACCAGAUCUCCGACUGGUUCGACUCGCUGGCCGAGUGCCUGCACUGGAACGUGCGCAAGAAGCAGAAGCAGAUGGACGAGCUCAGCGACAUGACCUACUCCUCCAGCGACAACCUUGAGGAGUUGGAGAACAACGAGCGGCCCGCGGACACGUGACCUUAUAGUAUUACGAUGGAAUGCGAGUUGGCUUAACACAUUCCUUUAGAGCGCCGCCAGCGCUGUUUUAGGACGUCCGCUAGCUUGCGCGCGUGCACGGAGGGGGAAAAUAGUAUGAGCGCCGCUACCUGACGCUAACUUCACCCGCGUGUGCCCGCGCCGUGCACCCGCCCACGCGACGCGGAUGCCUUUUAUUAUUGGGCCUAAAGGGGCCCACUAACUAUCAGUCCGCCGGACGAUAUAGGCCUGUCAGUUAUUUGGAACUGUCAAAUUUUUGUUCUAACUGACAGGCCGAUAUCGUCCGGCGGACUGAUAGUCAGUGGGCCCCUUAUCGUAGAGGCAUCUUAGGCUGCAGUGGCGUAGCGAGGCGAAUGGCGCACUUAGGGCCACGGCCUCGCAAAACCAACUUGAGAAAACACAUUGAAAAAGGCCUCAGAUGUGUUUGUUCGCCCACGGCUAGAUUGGUUCACGCUUCGCCACUGUUAGGCUACUUUGGGGAGUAAGUAGCUAUCUUUACCAGUAUACAUGUAAAUUUUCCUUGAACCAGCAUUUCGACUAGCUAUGCAUCUCGAAUAGAAGCCGUUUAGGGGGAUUAUUAAACAUAGCAAUAUUACUCAAGAAUCUCGAAUAGGCAGGCCGAUUUGGAAAGUGAUAAGGAAGUAUUUUAUGCUCUACGUAAAAAUUACGUCCAUGACUUUAAAGUAGCGCUGGCGGGCGCGUUUUCUUUUUAUUUAUACGAAAUCACAUCGGCGCAUUAUUUUGGAAUUUAUGCAACGAGUGUCUUGUUUUGCAAUAACUUUGUAAGUACUGUGCAAUAGAAGAUUUUUUUCACAAUGCGUUGCCACGAUUUGCGAUUGUGUGUUAAUGCAUUUUACAGGCUUUGUGAUAGUAUUUCGAAAUUAUGUUUUUUUGUUUAAAAUUGAAUAUUCCUUCGGACAAUAAAAAUGUAAUUCUGUUAUGUCUUCAGGGAUAUGUUCUUGUUAUGUUUUAUAGUGAAAUGGCCGGUUGAGGUUCGGAUUUAAGGAAUGUUUGUUCCGGUAACUUAGUGAGUACUUAUUGUAGAUAUACCAUCGUUGGAUAAGUGCCUUGGCCGCUUGGUGUUUUGAACGACGCAACAAACAAAACUGCCUAGGUACAAAACUGCCUUUACCAACUACGGCGAGGUGCUAUUAAGAGUGCCAAAAAUGUAACAGGUACAUAGAUGUAUUAGUGUUCAAGAGAGCACAAAGAAAGUUUCGAUUUAUAUGGUGUAAAUAAUAUUAUGUGCUUUGGAAUUAAUUCUGUAUGACAGUUAAGGAGUCAAAUUAAUAAACGUGAAAUGAGCUAGAGAAAGUCGUCUUAGAAUAAAUAUGCAACGGUUAACUUUGCGCAUUAAAAUAUAGCACCUUACGGAUUGUGUGCAAAUUUGGUCUGCUCAAUUUUCUUUCUACAAACCUUUUUAUAUAACAAAUCGCUUUGCGUACUGGCCUCACUCUGCUAUAUCUUCAGAGAGGUACAAUAAUAUAGAGAUAAAAUUCGGGAGGGGCCAGAUGACCGAACGAGCUGCACUUAUGGAACUUUCAGUAGUAGCAGAGAAAGAGCUAUUAUUGUUUGUCCUUGUUACAGUCUCACAUUUUUUUAAGUCCCUACCAUAAAUAAAUUUAAUUAACAAAGUAAAUUUAGUAUGGUUUAUGGUGGGCAACAAAUAACCCGACCAAAUUCCGUAGGUUGUUUUUUGGUAUGUUGUCAAGAAGUUUUAAUUUAGUCGCAUUGCGUAUAUUCCGUCCCUCACGGGCGCACGCGUAUAGCACAUUUAUAUGAUCCUACCAUCUAUGGAAGCUCCAGUGUACAAGCAGGACAUUGAAAUAUAAGUGCAUAUCGCUGUCCCACUCACCAAAGCGGCGUGCGAAUCCUCAUCAUUUUGAUAGCCGCGUAUGUCCUAAGUUUAGUAUUAAACUUAAACUAUUCCCGCUUUGAAUUCUUAUUUCAAUGAAUAUACGCUGAGACUUAGACGAGGCUGUAACUAAAACCCCAUAUAGGUGUAACUGUGAAUUUAGUUGUAAAUCAAAAAAAUACAUAUUAAUUGCUAGGUAUUAAAUAUUUUCCUGUUGCUGUUGUUACCCAUUAUCUUGCCAAGAGAUAUUGUAGCAGUUUCAAAUAUAAUCGCAUUGAUUUAAUUUAGAACAAUUAGCUCACACACACAACCCUAGUGCGCUCGCGUCGGGAGCGGUUUAGAAAAAAAGCAUUUAUAAAUUUGCAGUUCUUAAGCGAGGUUUAGACUAGCAAGAACUUGCAUGCAAUUUUCGCUACAUUGCGGUAUCUGAUCAACCUUUUGAAUACAGUUUACUUUAGUAGUCGGCAAAGUAAAGUUCUUGCUAGUCUAAACCUCGCUUUACGUAAAUGAAAAGUGUAUCUUCACAGUUAAGUAGGUAUAUUUCCCUGGAUAACUACAAUUAAGCUCACGAGUUGAAUUUGUGUGGAAAAUGGGCAUAAAAGCACUCUGUUUUACUACUCUUUCUUGGUCUGUGAAAAGUAUAUAUAGAGUCGGAUCAAGAUAAGUCUGCAACGAUUUUGAUAGCAUACGCAGUGGAAGUGUUAUUUUAAACGUCAAACUUCUAUAAAAUAAUGACGUAUAAAUAACACUGGCUUUGCGUGUGCUAUCAACAUCGUUACAGACUUACCUCGGUCUAACUCUAGAAGUAUUUGUUACCGUAAUUUCUUACAAUUUGGGUCCAAUAUGGGAUGCGACAAUGUCUUUGGUGUGUGCUUCGGCGUUGUGGUAUGUAAUGUCACUUUGACAUUUUAUAGAUGUUUGUUUGUCACUUAAUAUAAAUUUCGUUUUCACAAAUUUAUGAAUUAUGUAAAAUAAGAUGUUUUAUUGUAAAUUAUACAAAAUUUGACUUUUA